GGGCGCGACGGUUGCUUGGGGAGCGACUGUCAUGGCGGCGGCUGCUCCCAAUGCCGGGGCGUCCGCUCCUGAGGCGGCGGGUUCCGCCGAAGCCCCGUUGCAGUACAGCCUUCUUCUGCAAUACCUGGUGGGUGACAAGCGUCAGCCCCGUCUCCUGGAGCCUGGGAGCCUGGGCGGGAUCCCGAGUCCGGCCAAGAGUGAGGAGCAGAAGAUGAUCGAGAAGGCGAUGGAGAGCUGCGCUUUCAAGGCAGCGCUGGCCUGCGUGGGAGGAUUUGUCUUGGGAGGUGCAUUUGGGGUGUUUACUGCUGGCAUCGAUACCAACGUAGGCUUUGACCCUAAGGAUCCUUACCGUACGCCGACUGCAAAAGAAGUUCUUAAAGACAUGGGGCAGAGAGGAAUGUCCUAUGCUAAAAAUUUUGCCAUUGUGGGCGCCAUGUUUUCUUGUACUGAGUGUUUGGUAGAAUCUUACCGGGGAAAAUCAGAUUGGAAGAACAGUGUCAUUAGUGGCUGCAUCACUGGAGGAGCCAUUGGUUUCAGAGCUGGCUUAAAGGCUGGAGCCAUUGGUUGUGGAGGCUUUGCUGCUUUCUCUGCUGCAAUUGAUUAUUACUUACGGUGAGAGCAAUAUCCUGUGAGGAAGGACAUCGCCAGCCAAGGAUCAGAGCUGCUCUUUAGAUGACAGUUUCUGCACUGCUCCAGGGCAGUUGCUUCAGGGACUGAAGACAUUUGUUUCCCCUCAUUUAGUUGGUGUUGUGAGUUGACAGUUGGCUGCUGUCUGCAUCCAGCCUUUGGAGCAGCCACACUCUCUGCUGCUGCUGGACUCCAGCCAGGCUUCACAGGAGAUGUGCCAUGCCAGAUUCUUUCCUUAGAGCAGAUCAGAGGACAAUGUGUUGACUUGCAGGAAUUCAGCUACACAAAGGUUCAUUCCUGACCAUGUCUUGCCCUAGAGGUUGUUUGGUGCUGUGGGUGCAGAGGUGGCAGCAUCUUUACACAUUCCCAGGAAGCUGUUCUGCUUUGAAUGCCAUGCAACUGUCCAUCUCACAUACCAGGGCAGGGCAAGGUAAAUUUAUGCUAUCCAACCAAUUAUGUCAGUUUGUUUGUUUAGGGUUCUGCCAUCCUUGUUAAAAUAUAUAUAUUUAUAUUACAGUUUAAAA